AAUUCAAGAACAUUUGUGGUAGCAACUGAUAACAGAAACAGAUUCACAGGAGAAUGUAAAAGUGCCCUUCUCAUGGAAGUGUCAGCAGCCUUUUAUCUGAAACGUCCAAGAGGCACAGAUGUCUUGGCUCCAUGGUUUUCCAUAUUCUGCAAUGAGUACGUAAAAGAAAAAGAGCAGGAAAUAUUAGUAACCUUUAAAGGGAAAUGUUUCCAAAGGUUCUGUGAGGUUUGGUCUCUCCUCUUUGAAGCCACUUUCAGCUGUGAGUUCUUGUAGGAGUGGGAAAUCACAGAAUCCGAGGUUCGGUCGGUGUGUUUCUUUAAGAACCCCACAGAAUGAAGGUGUGAAUGAGCGAGGAGGUGCCUCCGGCCGCACUGAGUGAGAUCUGCCUUCGUCUUUUGUGCCAUGAUGACAUAGACCACGUCAAGCAGCUCUGUGGUGACUGGUUCCCUAUUGAGUACCCUGACUCAUGGUAUCGAGAUAUCACCUCCAACAAGAAGUUUUUCUCCCUGGCGGCCACCUACCGGGGCACCAUCGUGGGGAUGAUAGUGGCCGAGAUCAAGAGCCGGACAAAGGUGCACAAAGAGGAUGGUGACAUUUUAGCUUCUGGGUUUCCAGUUGACACUCAGGUUGCUUAUAUCUUAAGCCUCGGAGUGGUUAAGGAAUUUCGAAAGCAUGGCAUCGGAUCUCUGUUACUUGAAAGCUUGAAGGAUCACAUAUCAACGACUGCCCAAGACCACUGCAAGGCCAUCUACCUGCACGUCCUCACCACUAACAACACGGCAAUAAAUUUCUAUGAAAACAGAGACUUUAAGCAGCACCAUUACCUGCCCUAUUAUUAUUCCAUAAGAGGGGUCCUCAAAGAUGGCUUCACGUACGUCCUGUACCUCAACGGAGGGCACCCUCCGUGGACAAUCUUCGAUUAUCUCCAGCACAUCGGCUCGACCUUGGCCAAUCUGAGCCCCUGUACGAUUCCCCAGCGGAUUUACCGCCAAGCCCAGAGCCUCCUCUGCAGCCUCUUGCCGUGGUCGGGCAUUUCGGCAAAGAGCGGCAUUGAAUAUAGCCGGACCAUGUGAUUCUCAAGGCAGGUCCUUCUCGGCGUUGCUACCACGGCCCAGCUCGGUGGCAAGGAAGCUGGCCGUGCCCUUUCCACCCAUGCCUGCCCUCUGAACCCAGACGCGCCUCUCUGUGAACGGGAAUUCCUCUUCUUGGCCUGCUCCCCCUGCUGUCCCACCUGGGCCCAAAGUGUCGGGAGGAAAACCUAGCUGGACCCCCACUGUUCCCCUGAGCCAGAGGUGAGCGGCCGUUGCUCCCAGGCCGGCCUCUCUGCAGCUGCCCGGGCCAUGCAGCGUGUGGGGUGACAGGGAGAGACUGUGCCUGGGCACCCUUGGGGCUGGGCCAAGGAGCCACGGGGCCCAAGGCCACGAGUGGAGAAAGCAGGAGCCGUUGCUUUGUAAGCCACUCCCGUGUUUCUCCUGCUGCUGCUGCUGCUGCUGAGAAGCCUUGGGGUGGGGGGGCCUCGGGCCCUCUCCUCUUCUACUUCCCCAUCGUGACAAGGGCUCCCAGGGCCCACUUGUGGUUUUACACUUAAAGUAUCCAAGUGAUGCACGGGACGAAGUGGCUCUUUUAUAGUGGUGUGUGUUGAAGUGUGUAUGUGUGUGCGUGUGCGCAUGUACUGUCAUCUUGGUAAACAAGGUGCGUCGGUCAUACUGCCUCUGGUGUAAGUGAGAACAAUGGCAGGGCAAGGGUCCUCUGAAGAGAAAGGAGGAGCUGAG